GCUCUAUUACAGUCGUUCACUCAGUCACCGGUAGUAAGAUGGUGGCCUUAAAAAUGCGGAGUAGUAUGUUGUCCGUGUUGUUGGUUAGCCUUCUGUGUAAAUUGACGCACUCUUUAUAUUUUCAUAUUGGGGAAACGGAAAAGAAAUGCUUCAUAGAGGAAAUCCCCGACGAAACCAUGAUAAUAGGAAACUAUAGGACGCAGUUGUAUGACAAGCAGAGAGAGGAGUAUUUACCUGCCACCCAAGGACUUGGCAUGUUUGUGGAAGUGAAAGAUCCGGAUGAAAAGGUGAUCCUAUCCCGUCAGUAUGGUUCGGAGGGCAGAUUCACUUUCACCUCCCACACCCCAGGAGAGCACCAGAUCUGCCUUCAUUCUAACUCAUCGAAGUUUGCCCUCUUUGCUGGGGGGAUGCUGAGAGUUCACCUGGACAUCCAAGUUGGGGAGCACACCAAUAACUAUGCUGAGAUCGCAGCCAAGGAUAAGCUCACAGAGCUGCAGUUGAGGGUUAGACAGCUUGUCGAACAGGUGGACCAGAUCCAGAAAGAACAGAACUACCAGAGGUACCGUGAGGAACGCUUCAGACAAACCAGCGAAAGCACCAACCAGAGGGUCCUCUGGUGGUCCAUUGUCCAGACACUCAUCCUGGUCGCCAUUGGCUUCUGGCAAAUGAGGCAUCUCAAGAGCUUUUUUGAGGCCAAGAAACUUGUUUAGUAGUUUCAUGUGUGUUUCUAUCAAUGCAGUACAUGUCAACAUCUGGUUUCUAUAUCCUGCUCUCAAGAAAAAAAAUCCCUUAAACGGUUUUAAAUCUGGUUAAACUUGCUGAUGUAAUUUGGAAUAUUUUUCCCUCAACUUUUUACAAACUCACUUCCAUAUGUGAGACAUGGACAAAACACCUUUAAUUUCAUGGAAGUUCUGCAUUUUUUUUGUUGCAUUUUUGCAUUUUUUGUUUAUGGGUUGAAGAUAAUUUUAUUAAACUAUUUUUGUCUACGAUGAUGCCCAUCCUCAAGCAAAGAUCUGUCUUCUUCCUGGGAUGUGAAUUUCAGUGCUUCUACUAUCAGCCCACUAGAAUUGGAUCAGUUAGUUUCUUCUCAAUGGAUUCUUAACUUUCUCAUAGACAUGUUUUGGUCUUAGGUUCAAAUGUCGAUUCUAUGAAAAAGUCAGCAAUUGGCAAAAAUUUGUAUCCUGUUGAUUUAAAAACCAUCUUUCAUUUAUGGUUUGGAAUUGCUUGUAUAUUUUAAUUGGAUUUACUGUUAAAUUUUUGGUUUAGUUGAAUGUUGGUUUGGACUGGAUAUAAUGUUUGAGUAUCUGGUGACGAUAUAUUAGCUCUUGCAAAGGCUGCAGUUACUGAGGCUUGUUUACCUAAAAGGUCAUUGGAACAUGGAGACUGUGAGAUGUCAGUGAUCACUAUGGGCUUCUGAAUUGAGAAGGGGGGGGCGCUACAGUGUAUUAACGUAUUCAUCAUACCUGCUGUCUGGAUUCUGGGAAAUUACUUUGCUACAUGGCUUCAUUUCUUUGUCCUGUGUCCUUAGAGCCCCUCCUGUGUUUUAAUUGGCUUGUUUGUGCACAUAACUCUAGCGGAUAAUCUGUUGAUAGACAGAUUUCUAUGAAUAGAGUAUUUGUAAAUAUUUCAGGUGUAAGACGUUUACGUUCCCUCUAGUUCUUGGACUCUGUGCAGAAAAGCCAGACGUGGUGAAGUGAGAGGCCGUUCCUGGGCCCAGUAGUGGGUGUCAGCUUAACAUUGGUGCUAAUGGGGCUGUGAUGGUGCUCAGCUCAUGGCCAAUGUUGCAUAAAUCCCAUUUUCGGUUUUUUUUUUUAUUAUUAUUAUUUUUUUUAAUCCAUUGAUAACUGCUUUUUGCCCUGACCUGCUGUUCUCAUGGGAUUUAAUCUCUUCAUUUUCUUCACACAGGUAAUUUUGAAAAAGAAAUGAAAAUGUGACAGAUCACCUCUGUUCUUGUGGGUCAGCCUUGUUUCCUAGACUUUUACGCUGUAAUUAUAAGUGCACUGGUGUGAUUUUUUUUCUUCCAUGGGUUUUCACAUUUUCAGCUGUUUUCCGAAUCCAAGUGAAACUGGCAAUGAAUUAAAACCCUAUUUUUGCAUUUGUUCUUUUUAAGAUAUAAAAUAAAAAGAAACCAUAUGCCUUU